AAAAGAGAAUUAUCAUACACAGUUGUAUCCCCUGGGCGUUCCUUCUCCUUUUAUCUCAACUAAAGAUAAAAUAUCUACGUCGUCCAUGUUAAAUUAUUUUUAUUUCAACAACACUUAACAAACAUAUCAUGGAUUAAUUUUUUGUCCCACUAUCCUAACAAGUAAACACAACUUGUAAAGCAUGGGGGCAUGUAAGUCAUGUUCUCGCGUCAUCCUUGUACUUAUUAACAUAUUGUUUUCAUUGAUUGGGAUAGCUUUGUUGAUUGUUGGAAGCGUAGUACGAUGGGGAACAGAUCUAAUGAACCAGUAUCUAUCGGAUGUGUAUAAAGACUUUAGAGUAGCUAUAGAUGCUAAUGAUGACCUUAACUUUAACAUAGCAGAUCUGCUUGAGGAUGUGACAUUAAGUUUUAUUGUAAUUGGUGCUUUCUUCUUCAUCAUUGGUAUUCUAGGAUGUAUAGGAGCAUGUUGUACAGUCAGACCAAUGCUUAUACUGUAUGUUGUUAUUUUGUCCAUUUUGGUGUUAGCUGAAGUAGCAUUUGUGGUUGUCCUGUUCGCUGCCCAAAGCAAGUUUGACGAAUGGUUGAAGAAACCUUUCCAAUCGACUUUAGAAGAUUACAAAGGUAUUGAUGGUACAGAUGCUGUUACUUUAGGACUUAAUUUCAUCAUGACACAGUACGACUGUUGUGGUGUGGAAGGUUAUGGAGACUUUAAUACAUCAGAGAAGUGGGAAAGACAGUUUAAUAGCUCUGAUGGAAAUACUUACAACAAGUCUAUACCGGCUGUGUGUUGUAAAGAUGUAAAUAAUACGGACUGUUGGCAGUACCCAAACAGAAAUAAUUCUUAUAUGGAUACGGGCUGUUAUGAUGCUAUUAAGGACUGGUUACAUGACAACAUGGAACCACUUAUAGGUACCAGUGCUGGAGUACUAGUCAUUGAGAUAAUACUUGUUAUAUUUGCUUGUGUGGCUUGUUCUAAAGAAAGAAGUAACAAAGAAGACUAUGAAAAUGACAGCUACGGUAAACCGGUGAUGGACGAUCGGUCUUAUGAUGCCAUUAGAGCAUACGAGAAUCAGGGAUACAGGGGACCACAUCAUAACAGACAACCAUAUAAUGGAUAUGAGGAUAGAGGUUCAUAUGAUAGAAGAGGACAAAGAGACAAUCGAUCGUACCAAAAUGAUGUUCCGAGUCGACGCCGAGAUAAACAUUAUUAGAGUGUGGGAAUUAUGUCUAAUACUUGUCAAGGUCUAUUGCAAAACUACUUACAGUAAAAGUGCAACAGAUCUGUAAACUUUGUCUUGCAAUUUAACAAGUAUAACAUUUUCAGUACUAUGAAAUCCAAGUCCAAUGGCCAUAAUGAUAACAAACCAGGACAAAUGUCUGGCGCAGUUUAGGAAAUAGUUGAUAUGUAUUCGUUUACAAAAAAACGUACUGUUUUAAGUCAUUAAAAUCCAUUUGUAUCAUCAUAAUGAAAACUGUUUUUCCAAUUUCGCUAGUGAAGCAAUGUUUGAAAGAAAUCUCUAGCACUGUGAUAUAAUAAUAAUACAUGUGAUUAUAUUCAUAUUAAAAUCACUUAUUCUUCUACAAAAGAAAUUGAAAGACUAUUCAUGAACUUGUUUAUUAGCUUAAUGAAUAAUAUUACCGCAAAAAAUUGAAUGCGAAUAUCACCUUUGAAGGCAUCUAUGUCCCCUUUCAAGUUAUGAUUUGUUAACACACAUAUUGUAUACUAGUAUACGUUUGGCUAAGGUACUCUGAAGGAAAGAGUUUGUAUGACAGCAACUAAACAUGCUUUUUGUAUCUAUCAAAGUCGUUUGAAAUGAUUAUACUAUGAAUUUUGUAAAUCAGUUUUAAACAGUAGGUUAUAAGAGAGGAUGUAUUUUAGGGGAUUAUCUUGGCUUUGUAAAUUAACUGGGGGAUGUAUAAUAAUCACAAACUAUCAUUCAAAUCGAAGAGCUUCCAUAAAAGGAAAUGUUUUCCAAGCAGGUUGACACAAUUUGCCUGAUGCAUCAUUGAAGUCAUGUCAUAAGAGAAGGAUUUUUUGUCAGAUUUAAAGAAAAAAUAAGUUUAUUUCAGAAAUAUAUUUUCUACAUAAUAUAGAUUUGCCAAAAAAAUAUUAUUAGCAAGUUAAUAAUAAAAUAAAAAAAAAUUAGACAUGGUAUGAAAAUCAUGCAGUUUUCUCCCUAUUCUCUUUGGUAAAUUGAUUUGAUUUUUGUAGAAAAAUAAAGGUCAGCUUUUCUGUGAAUACUUGAAUUGAGAAAGUACAUGUAUGAAUUUCAGACUUAUAUAUUUACAACAGUUCAGUUCAGUUCAGUUUCUUGUAUAUUCCUCCAUUAAAUGUGGAGCACUACCCAAAGGGUAUAGUUUGAGCAACUGUUUACACCUUAAAACAUAGGGAAACAAUUAAUUAUAUUAUAUACAGAUGACUGAAUUUGGUUAUAAUGAUCACUAAAUAAUAGAUAUCAUAAUUAAUUCAUAGGAUUGUCAUCAUAAACAAUAAAGAGUAAUAAUUGGAACUUUGGUAGUUGUAAAAAAUAUCAUACAAUUGCGUUGUAGCUGACAUGAACAGUGACAAGAGGAAUAUGACUGUUUUUUCUUUAUCCUUUCAAACUGUAUUAUCACAUCGGGAUAUGUCGAUCAUAUAACGCAGAGGGGUCCAAAUAAACAGAAAAGUGUGUAACAGUUGGUUUGUUAAUCACGGUCCGAAUCCCACGGAGGAAUUAUGUUCCUUGGGAUUCACAGAUUUUACCUAUACCCUCCGUUACCAUCUUUUCAUAAAUUGACCCUCGUUAUUCUGACCCUUCCGCGGAUUUCUGAUCGAGGUACCCGGUGCAUCAUUGUCUUAUUGCAUAUUUUUCUCUGUGUUAGUGUGAAUGUAAAUGUUAAUAAGCAGAAAAGUCAUUGUAUUGUUUUGUUUUUUUCUUCAAUUAAAUGAAGGGAACUAUAAAUAAAAACACAAAUUAAA